UGGCGCGGGCGCGUGGCCACGCGCGUGUGCAAUCGUCGCGCAGCUGCGUGCGAAAAUUUUCGACUUCAGUCGGUGGCGAGAUGCAAGCCUACACGGGAGGAUGGCAGUUCGGCUUCGGAAGCUCGAGCAGCGGCAGCAAAGACUCGGCGUCGAAAAAUCGCCUCGUUAGAAUCGUACUUCUCGGCCAGCCCGGGGUAGGUAAAACCGCGAUAGCCGUGCGCUUCGCGAGCCGCCGCUUCAUCGGCGAGUACGACUGCAGCCAGGAGCGUCGCUAUCGCGUCGAAAAUCGGCUGUCCUGCAGCUGGGAGCUGGUCGAUCCGCCGGGCAACGAUCCGGGCAACAUCCAGCGUGCCUUACUCGGUGGCGGUGGAGAUUGGCCCGACGCGGUGCUGCUCUGCUACUCGGUGGCGGAUCGAGUGAGCUUCGACGAGACCUGGAGGCUGAGAUUUCUUCUGAAUCAGGCGUGGCGCGCCAAAAAAUCCGGUCAUUAUUACUAUCAUCAUUGUCAGCAGCAGCCGUGUGUCGUGCUCGUAGGGAACAAGAGCGACCUGGCCGAGGCCGGCGAGAGGAUGGUCGGUACGAUGGAGGGACGCCAGAGAGCGAGGGAUAUCGAGGCCCACGCGUUUCACGAGAUAUCGGCGAGGGAGUCGCUGGAUCAGGUAAUGGCUGUAUUCAUCAGCGUGGCGAGGCUGGUUCUAUCUCCUGGACCAUCAUCGAUCGAACAUCAUCAUCAACAGCAGCAACAGCAUAGCUUCCGGCUGCGAGCCUCGACCGACGGCAGCAUUGAAAGAAGACGCAGGACAAGCAGCAGCAGCAGUAGUUCGCAUCAGCAGCAGCAGCCCUCGUCGUCCUCGUCGACCAAGAGACGAUUGAGCAUCUCGGCACGAGGCGCCCCACAUUAGAGCAGCACCGAGCACGUUUCGU